CUUUAGGAGACCGAGGACAUCGUCAUGUCGGCGAACUAUUUUACGGAUUCACUGAUAAACAAUAAACCUCAAGAGGUAGUAAAGGCCAACGCGCAUUUCACAGACACAUGUUCAUCGCCAUUUUUAUCAGCAGAAUGUUCGCACCUUUCUUCGUGCAGUUUUGCAUCAAAGAAAACUAUAUUUCCGUCGUGGGAUCCAAUACGUUCACAAAAAUCUUUUUUUUAUACCAAACAUUCAAGCAUUGCCGCAGGCUCGGGGUUUUUACAGCCCUGGAUUGAGCCGGCAAUGAGCAGUAAAAAUUGCGAACUGAGAUCUGAUGACUUCUCAGACAUGAAAUAUAAAAAAUAUAAACAAUCGACGCCUACAAAAACUCAGCAGAUCAACUCUUCUUCACGCAACGCCGGAAGGACUAAGGAGGACAAAUACGGGUUAGAUUCCUAUAAUUCUGCGGUCAAUUGGAUAAGUGUGAGGUCAACAAGAAAGAAACGCUGUCCUUAUACUAAAUAUCAAAUUUUAGAGCUGGAAAAGGAAUUUUUGUUCAACAUGUACCUGACCCGGGACCGGCGUUACGAAGUGGCACGGGACCUCAGUCUCACGGAGCGGCAGGUCAAAAUCUGGUUUCAAAAUCGACGCAUGAAAAGGAAGAAAAUGACUCAAGCGAACAAAUAAAACAAGUUUUAUUGAAUUAUAUUUUUUUCAGGAAAACAAUAUUGUGAUAAAUACGAAGUGAUCCAAAAUAGUAACGCCGAAUUUAAAUAAAUUUAAACAUGUUAAAGUUGAAACAUGCCUUAGCUUCCACAUCUGAACGCAUAAGCCCUGUUGUUGUUGUUGGUGGUGGUGGUGGUCUUCCUCUUCUGGUUUUCUUAGCAGUACUUUUCUACUUUCGUAUGCCUUUUUUACAGCUUCUGAAGAAAUAUCCAUGUUUUCUUAUUAAGUUAAGAAUUUUAUUAUUAUAUCCUAAAGUUGAUACGAAAUAUAAUAUUCUGAUGUUUAAAAAAACAAGCCAUUUUAUAAUAAAUCUUUUCGAAGCAGAA